AGCGACGCUGCGGAAUCAAUGAGCAUCUGAAUGCCGAUUUUGUCAAUGAAUUUUUGAGUGGCCUAGAGGGAGAACCAGUACAAGAGAGCCGCCGCAGUCAGCUAAGAGAGCCCCUCCCGUUGGCGACGGUGAUGAUCCCAGCAUUAAACGGCCGUAUCUCGCUCUGGCAGCUCAUGCAGAGCGCAGCUUUGCAUGCCAGCCUGCAUGCAUGUGUGCGUGGCUUCAUAUGCUUCUAUGACAAAUCAUUGAGCCGCAUGCUCAGAGAGCAGAAGCAAGAGAGUCAGAUCAUUAAAAUUGAGCGCUGGCUGAGAGCGCAGCGGCGACGUGAGUCAGCUGCGCCGGCGUUGGCGGCUCCACGAACGGCUCCAAGGCGAACGCUUUCAUUUCUUCCCGCGACGCUGGCGAGUGACGACGUUAGUGGUGCUGCGAUGGUCGCUAGGCCUCCUCCUCCCCUCGCGACCGAAAACAGAAACAGACCCAGUGAUCCGCAAGAGAGUGAAGCGAGAGCGAGUGUGAGUGUGAGUGUGAGUGUCGGUGAGAGCGUAAGCGAGCAGCGAUCGGAAACCGUUCGUGAUAACCAAAACAAUAGCACAAACGCCGUGGACGUUGACAGCGACAGCAACGGCAACAGCGACGGCAGCGCUGUGAUGGCAGCGCUCAAGCCAUGCGGCGACACUGAGCAGCGGCUCAAUAACAACAGUAGCAGCAGCGACAAUGAGAGCAUCAGCGGGAGCAGCGGCAGCGGCAGCGGCAGCAAAGAGCACGGCAUUGCCAGAAAGCACCAGCACCAGCAGCAGCAACAAAUUACUCAGAAUUGUGUAAUCAAGGUGCGUCGUCCGGCUCCGAAAGUACCCGUAAGGAAUCCAAACACAACUCUGAGUAAUCCCCAAAAGGAGAGCAACAACAACAGCAGCCAGGUCGGGGUUGGGGAGGGCAAACGUCUCUCCGAAGGAAGUUACGGGGAAGAGGAGUCCAUUUAUCAACCCAUUUGGCAGUUCAAGACCCUGGAGCCGCCAGUUGAAGAUCCUAAAAACGUAGAGGAGACUGCUGUCGGGGCGCCAGCGGCGGCCGUAGCACCAGAACUUGCAGAAGUAGAUGACGAAGAAGACGAGGAUGAUGACGAUGACGAUGAUGAUGAAGAUGGCGAAGAGGAGGAGGAGGAAGAGCUGGAGGUAGAGGAUGACUUCGAUGAUGACGCAGACGCUGAUGCCGAUGCCGAUGUGAUGGCUAUACAGGCAGCAGCGGUCUUUGCAGCCGGAGUCCGAUACAAGCUCUCAACAUCGACGCUGACUAAGCGCUCAAAAAUGAUGCUGCCAACGCCACUGCCGUCGCCGACAGCGUCGAUGGACCAGGGCGCCUGGGAGACGGAUGCGGAGUUUAUGUUCUCGCGGGACACCAAAGAGGCUGUUGCUGGUGGGGCUGCGGUCCCCGAGGAGGAGAACAUCCAGGAGGACGAGGAGGAGGACCCCGAAUACCAGCUGGAAAUGGAAGAUACCCUGGAGACGCUGAGUCUCGGGAGUACAGUCACGAAUAGCACGGCCACCAUGGGGUCCCUGAGCAGCACGGGCAGCGCCACUCGCCUGCGACCGUCGUCAUCACAAAAGGUUUCACUGGUGCAUCCAGUGCUGCGAAACAUUUGCAUAUUCCAUAGCAUACGGGAACCAAAGAAAUAUAGCGCCAUCUUCUAUGACUAUCAGCGCUCCCAAGUCCAUCAGCGAUUCAUGACACGCAUCCGACGACCAGCGCCACCGCCACCGGCACCGCCAAUGUCAGCAGCAAGAGCAGCACCAAAAAUGCAGCAGCCAGCACCACAGAUGAUGCCACUGCCACUGCCAGUGCCGCUGCCAACCAUCAAUGAUGACAGCGGCUGCAGCUGUGAUGCGACAGAGGACGGAGAGGUGGUUCAUUCUCAAUCGAAAUUCGUUGCCAUUCCGACACCCCUCAAAGAGGACUGGGCCCUGGCCUGCCUGGCCGCAGCGGCCGUCACCAAGCGAGGCGCUGGACCCCGUUCCGCUCGCAAGCUACGGGUCCGUUCCAAUGUCCGGCUCCUGCUUACGGAUUCGGUGCUGGCCUGGCGGGCGAGCCUUCAAGAUAUCAACUGUUGCGAGGACGAGGAAGACAUGAUUGUGCCAGUGACUGAUAUAUUGCGGGCACAGCAGAUCCAGGAAGACAGCGAGGUGCAGCAGACCCAGCAGACGGUGAUAUUGCAGCGCUUCAAGAGCGCCUCCAUUGGGGAUCUGGUGGAUCUGCCCGGCGAGGAUGACAAGAAGUCCAUCAAGAAUCGCAUGCGCAUGAAAUUUGCCGUCAACAGCAAUGUGUUUCGCAUCAAUCGGUCGCCAAAGAGCGAGAAAAAGUCGCGCACACGACGCGGCCAGGUCAACAGCCUGUAUCUGGACGAACAGUCGAAGUAUCCGCUCUUUGGGGCACCUCUCAACGCCCUGGAGCUGAACAUGACCGAUCAUCCGAAUGUGCCGCGCUUUGUCGUCGACGUUUGUGCCUAUAUCGAGCGCCCGGACUGCGUCGAACAGGACGGCCUCUAUCGGGCAUCCGGCAACAAGGUGCUGGUCGAUGAGCUGAAGAAGAAGCUGACGCACCUGUACGAUCCACGCUUCCUGCACACCGACGACAUCCAUACGCUGACCAGCCUGCACAAGCAGUUCUUUCGCGAGCUCUCAGCUCCGCUCAUCACCCAGGAGGCCUACGAGCGUCUGGGUCGCAGUCUGAGCGACGAGGCGGCCAUCGAGCGGAUGCGUUUGGCCUUCGAUGAGAUGCCCGAACCGAAUCGAUCCACACUCAGAUUCCUCAUCAAGCAUUUGACCAGAGUGGCUGCUGCCAGCGCUUCGAAUCGCAUGCCCUCCACCAAUUUGGCCAUCGUUUGGGGCCCCUGCCUGCUCAGUGCCAAUCAGAUCCAGCUGGACAUCGGGCGCAUGAACAUGCUGGCCAAGGUGCUGAUCGAGAACUACGACCGGAUCUUCCAGCCGGACAACGAGCGUCUCGUCUGCUAGGACUGCCCUCCCUCCCCCCCAUCACAAAAUGUUGAAGUGCCUCAAGCAUCACACACAAACACAACCAUCACACACACAUUUACUGGCAGAGAUUUUCUGUGAGAUUUUCUCUGACUUUUUCCCCAGAUUUGGCAUAUAUUUUUGUAAAUUUUAAACCGUUUUUUUUUUCUGUGUCUGUCUAAGCUUUCGUUUCCAGCUUUAAUUCUAUGUUUUAUUAUUAUUACUAUUAUUUUUUUUUUUGCUAACUUUAAUACUUUUGUAAUACGCUAUUUAUUUGAUUCUUUGGAAAUGCGAGCAGCGGCAAACACGAGCAGAAACCCAUCAAGAAAAUACUUACCAAAAAGACAGUAGACUAAGUUAAAGCUAAACCAUAAUAAAUACAUAUACUAUUAACGACGCGAAGCUCUGGCCGUGGCUAUGGCCAAUCCCAAAAUGCAAAA